CCUUUCCAUUUGCUCUUCUUCUUCUUCUUCUUCUUCCCCCGUUCUUUUUUCUCAGUCCCGUCUUUUGACACAGAGAACCAGAACAGAGCUUCCACCACAGGUAUGGCGAUGGCGAGCGUCGCGAGGAGGAAGGCUUACCUUCUCUCCCGAAACCUCUCCGGCGGCUGCUCCGAUGCUCUUAGGUACUCCUACUCCCUCACCUCCUUCUCCCGGGGCUUCGCCUCGGGAUCUGACGACAAUGACGUCGUCGUCAUCGGCGGCGGCCCCGGCGGCUACGUGGCCGCGAUCAAGGCCGCCCAGCUCGGGCUCAAGACCACCUGCAUCGAGAAGCGCGGCUCCCUCGGCGGUACCUGCCUCAAUGUCGGUUGUAUUCCUUCCAAGGCACUGCUUCAUUCCUCCCACAUGUUUCAUGAAGCCAAGCAUUCAUUCGCCCACCACGGGGUGAAGUUCCCAUCUGUUGAGGUCGACUUACCUGCUAUGAUGGCUCAAAAAGAUAAAGCCGUGGCUAAUCUCACGAAAGGUAUUGAAGGCCUUUUCAAGAAGAAUAAGGUCAACUAUGUGAAGGGGUACGGCAAGUUUGUCUCCCCAUCCGAGGUUUCGGUUGACACCAUUGAUGGUGGGGUCACAGUCGUAAAGGGAAAGAAUAUCAUAGUUGCCACUGGUUCCGAUGUCAAAUCUUUACCUGGAGUCACCAUUGAUGAGGAGAGGAUUGUCUCAUCCACCGGAGCUUUGGCUUUAAAAGAAAUUCCAAAGAAGCUUGUGGUGAUUGGAGCAGGUUACAUUGGUCUCGAGAUGGGCUCAGUGUGGGGCCGUUUGGGGUCAGAAGUUACAGUUGUGGAGUUUGCCCCCGAUAUCGUUCCAUCCAUGGACGGUGAGGUCCGAAAGCAAUUCCAGCGUGCCCUAGAAAAGCAAAAGAUGAAAUUCAUGCUCAAGACCAAAGUUGUUGGGGUCGACACAUCUGGAAACACUGUUAAGCUGACUCUUGAGCCAGCAGCUGGAGGAGAGAAGACAACUCUCGAGGCUGAUGUUGUUCUUGUCUCUGCUGGUCGGGUCCCAUUCACCGCUGGGCUCGGACUAGAUAAGAUUGGAGUAGAAAUGGAUAAAGCAGGAAGGAUUCUGGUUAACGAGAGAUUCGCCUCCAAUGUCCCCGGGGUAUAUGCCAUUGGGGAUGUAAUCCCAGGCCCGAUGUUGGCUCACAAGGCCGAGGAGGACGGUGUUGCCUGUGUGGAGUUCAUAGCAGGCAAGGCGGGCCAUGUGGACUAUGACAAGGUCCCUGGAGUCGUGUACACGCAUCCUGAGGUCGCUUCUGUGGGGAAGACUGAGGAACAAGUCAAGUCUCUUGGUGUGGCGUACCGAGUUGGGAAAUUCCCCUUCCUCGCAAACAGCAGGGCGAAGGCAAUUGAUGAUGCGGAGGGAAUUGUGAAGAUACUGGCCGAGAAGGAAACUGACAAGAUACUGGGAGUCCACAUAAUGGCUCCAAACGCAGGGGAGCUCAUUCACGAGGCGGCCUUGGCUCUUUCCUAUGAUGCAUCGAGCGAAGACAUUGCACGGGUAUGUCAUGCACAUCCAACGAUGAGCGAGGCAGUGAAGGAGGCUGCCAUGGCUACUUACGACAAGCCCAUUCACAUCUAAGGGCAUUCGGGUCUCUUGCGGUUGUUAUCCUUUUCUUUCGUGCCUUUGAUGUUUUUAUGCAUUUCGCGAAAUUCGUAGAGAAAGCAUACCGUCUUUUCAAAUGGAUUGUUCGGUUCACUGUGGAAUAACUGAGGCCAAACAAUCCUGUAAUGCAUCUUCUAAUAGCACUGGAUGCUCAUAAAAUUUUUUUGAAUCACUUUGGAGGUCGGCCAUAAAUUCUUUUCUACU